AUGCAACAAAAGUCAAACAAACAGUCCUCACCUAUAAAUAGUAUAUCAAACAAACAGUCCUCACCUAUAAAUAUUAUAUCAAACAAACAGUCCUCACCUGUAAACAGUAUAUCAAACAAACAGUCCUCACCUAUAGAUAUCAUAUCAAACAAACAGUCCUCACCUAUAAAUAGUAUAUCAAACAAACAGUCCUCACCUAUAAAUAUUAUAUCAAACAAACAGUCCCCACCUAUAAAUAGUAUAUCAAACAAACAGUCCUCACCUAUAAAUAGUAUAUCAAACAAACAGUCCUCACCUAUAAAUAUUAUAUCAAACAAACAGUCCCCACCUAUAAAUAGUAUAUCAAACAAACAGUCCUCACCUAUAAAUAUUAUAUGCAACAAACAGUCCUCGCCUAUAAAUAUUAUAUCCAACAUACAGUCCUCACCUAUAAAUAUUAUAUCAAACAAACAGUCCUCACCUAUAAAUAGUAUAUCAAACAAACAGUCCCCACCUAUAAAUAGUAUAUCAAACAAACAGUCCUCACCUAUAAAUAGUAUAUCAAACAAUCAGUUCUCACCUAUAAAUAUUAUAUCAAACAAACAGUCCUCACCUAUAAAUAUUAUAUCAAACAAACAGUCCUCACCUAUAGAUAGUAUAUCAAACAAACAGUCCUCACCUAUAAAUAUUAUAUCAAACAAACAGUCCUCACCUAUAAAUAGUAUAUCAAACAAACAGUCCUCACCUAAAAUAUAUCAAACAAACAGUCCUCACCUAUAA